AUGCUAACAUUCGCGGUGUUCUACGCUAUCGCCGUUGCGAGAGGUGACAAUUCGAUCCUUGCAGGACAGGCAUUCGCAUCAUUGUCUCUCAUCUCUCUUGUCACAUUGGCAGCUUUGACCUUUAUCAAAGCUAUUCCCGCUGUGAUCCAGUGUCUCAGCAGUUUUGACCGGAUUCAGGAGUACUGCAGCCAGCCUGUUCGACCCCACCAUACACUAAAAGACCGCAACUCUCAGCAAGCACCUUUACGGGACAUUAACAUAUCCGAGGUGGAAUUGACGGCAAUACAGCCAAUCAACACCCGAACCAACGAGGAAGAUCUCCUUGUCAGGUUCCAGGACCAAGAUGUCGCGUGGGAAAUCGCUGGUCCGGCAAUCCUGAGAACACUCAGAGCCGAAAUUCAUGCACGGCGCUUCACGGUCAUUCUCGGUCCAACAGGAAGCGGAAAAUCGACUCUUCUUGAAAGUAUACUUGAUGAGACAGUCACGCUGAGUGGCGAUACUGACAGACGCUAUUCCACCGCUGCUUACUGUACCCAGGUGCCAUGGUUGGUCAAUGGCAGCGUGCGAGACAAUAUUGUGGCCGGGUCUUCGACACUGAUAGAUGAGAAGUGGUACCAAACAACCAUUUGGGCCUGCGGACUUGAGAACGACAUCGCAAAUCUCAGUCUUGGGGACCGUACUUCUGUUGGCAAUGGUGGCAACAAUUUGAGUGGUGGUCAGAGGCAGCGCGUCGUGACAUCUCUCAUAUCCCUUGCUGACGAUGUCAUCGUUGUGGAGAGUGGUACCAUCACAGAGUCUGGUAUUAUAGACUCACUAAAGGAUGCGGACGGGUAUGUCGGUAGUCUCCAAUUCCAGGCGCCAGCAGAGUCGACUGCGAUCGAUGCGUUGCUGCUCAAGGACCAAACUACGCGCCCCUUGUACAAUGCAGCAGCAGCCAGCGCAGAAGCACUGAUGGAGCUGAACAACGAAGAGCAGGACCUGAGGCGUCAGACCGGAGAUUUUUCCGCCUACAGCUAUUAUUCCAGAGCUGGUGGUCAUAUCACUGUCGCCUUGAUGCUGGUUACGGUGGCCUUGUGGGUGUUUUGCCUCGAAUUCUCUGUCAUCAUCGUCGACUGGUGGUCCGCAGCGAGUGCGAAGACACAAGGCCAUACCAACAAUGGCUUGUACCUGGGCGUAUACAUAGGCAUCGGACUUCUUGGGGCGGGCUUCCUGUUCAGUGAGUUGUGGCUCAUAUUCAUCACCAUCAUAUCAAAAACCGCCAAACGCCUCCACGAAGAUCUUCUCAAGGCGGCAAUGAGUCCCUUCCGUCCAACUGAGAUCAUAAAAGGUGGUGUGAACAUCACUAAGUGCACCAAAGCUGUGUACGAAUGCAUCGCCAAGGUUGUGCUACUCGGCAUCUUUGGCAAGUAUCUAUCGGCAAUACUGCCAGUGAUUGCGGGGAGCGUCUUCUUCGUGCAGCGGUUCUACCUGCGAACAUCCCGUCAAGUGCGAUUGCUCGACAUCGAGGCAAAAGCCCCUGUGUACCUACACUUUCUCGAAACGACAAAUGGCGCGAAAACGAUCCGCGCGUUCGGAUGGCAACAUGCAUUUAAAGAAAGGCUACAUGCUCUCCUCAAUCGAUCGCAGAAACCGGUCUACCUACUCUAUUGCAUUCAGCAAUGGCUUGCCCUCGCAUUGGAUCUCAUCGUGGCAGUACUUGCAGCCAUCCUUGUUACAAUCAUGGUGGUCUGGAGGGAUUCAUUCGAUCCGGGAGCGGUCGGUGUUGCCCUCGUCUCGGUAAUGACUUUCAACCUAAACCUAGCCAUGCUUGUCAAAUCCUGGACAGCGCUAGAAACUUCGAUUGGUGCAAUCGGUAGGGUUAAGUCUUUCGUAGAAGAAACGGCUUCAGAGGAAAAAGAGCUAGGAAUAGACCGGCCUCUACCUGGACCUGACAAUUGGCCGACGAGAGGCACAAUCUACUUCCAGGACGUAACAGCAACCUAUAAAUCUGGAGGUGAUCCGGUCCUAAAAAACCUCUCCAUUGCCAUCGCUGCUGGUGAGAAGGUGGCGAUCUGCGGGCGAUCUGGCAGUGGAAAGACGUCUCUCAUACUAAGCUUGCUUCACAUGAUCCCUUUUUCGGGGUCAAUAACGAUAGACGAUGUGGAGACGCAUGAUCUGAUCCCCGGGGAUCUCCGUUCGCGCAUCAACGUUGUACCGCAGGAGCCUUUCCUGAUGCCCAGGUCGAUACGGUUCAACAUUGACCCUCUAGGCCAAGUAAACGAUGAGGCCAUAAUCUCGACUCUGAAUCGGCUUAAGAUCUGGGACAGGGUGAUCGAGUGCGGCGGUCUUGAUGCGCAAACAUCACUGUCAUUGUGGUCUGUCGGAGAGAGGCAGUUGCUAUGUCUGGCGAGGGCGAUGGUCCGGAGAAGUCAGAUCGUGAUACUCGAUGAAGCCACAAGCAGUGUGGACGAUGCGACAGAGGCUGUGAUGCAGGAUGUCGUGGAUAACGACUUCUCUGCCCAAACCGUUCUAGCUGUCGUUCAUCGACUGCGAUUCAUUGAACGAUUCGACAAAGUUGCCGUACUAGAUAAAGGUGUGCUCAUUGAGUUCGAUAAGCCUAGCACGCUCUUGGCAAAGAAAUCAGUACUGGCCGACAUGUAUCAGGCUGGAUACGGAUUGGGAGAAGUCAAGCCCACUGGGUCAACACAAGCAUAA